UUGCAGAGAGUUAACUCCCUUUGGCUGCGAACAGGCGAGCUAGCUGCACGUUGCAAAGACGGCUCUGGGGAGCCAGACUACCAGUGAGCCGCUUCAGCACUGCCGCUGGGACCGGGCUAGUUAGGCGGUACGCGGGGCUGGCCCCAGUUUUCCCUCAUUCCUUUACCUUCUUCCUCUGUACCAGCAGCUCCUUUCCUUCUCCCCCUCCCCCCCCCCCCCCAGUUUGCAGGGCCAGAGACCAAACAAUGAAAAGGCGGUCAGGGGUUCCAUAGACAAUUCAAAACAAAAACAAAAUCCGAACAAAACAAACCCCCAAACCCAAGAUAAAACAAAAAGAAAAUAAUCCGGUUCCUAUUUGCACCUGCUUCAGUGGACACUGAAUUUGGAAGGUAGAGGGUUUCCCUUGUUUUUGUUUUGUUUCCUUCAAGACUUGGGCAUCUUUUGAAUCUGCCCUCACAAGAUUUCAGGAACAGACUGUGAGCCUAGCACGGCAGAUCGUGCCCAGCGCGUUUUACUGUGCAGGAGACUUUGAGGCUGUCAGAGUGCUUUUUGCGUGGUUAUUCCUGCAAGUUUCCUUCCCAGAAGCUUCCCGCUGGUGGGCAGCUAGCUGCAGCGACGACCGCAUCGCAGCCUGUUGAACUCUUCUAGGCUAGAGAAGGGGAAACGGGAUAAAGGAAUUAGGUGGAAGAGUCAGCCAAGCCCAAGGAUGGAGGUACAGUUAGGGCUAGGGAGGGUCUACCCCCGGCCGCCGUCCAAGACCUAUCGAGGAGCUUUCCAGAACCUGUUCCAGAGUGUGCGCGAAGUGAUCCAGAACCCGGGCCCCAGGCACCCUGAGGCCGUGAGCGCAGCACCUCCCGGUGCCCAUUUGCAGCAGCAGCAGCAGCAGCAGCAGCAGCAGCAGCAGCAGCAGGAGACCAGUCCUCGGCAGCAGCAGCAGCAACAGCAGGGUGAUGAUGGCUCUCCCCAAGCGCAGAGCAGAGGCCCCACAGGCUACCUGGCUCUGGAUGAGGAACAGCAGCCUUCCCAACAGCGGUCAGCCUCCAAGGGCCAUCCGGAGAGCGGCUGCGUUCCAGAGCCUGGAGUGGCUUCGGCCACCGGCAAAGGGCUGCAGCAGCAGCAGCCAGCACCACCGGACGAGAAUGACUCAGCUGCCCCAUCCACGUUGUCACUGCUGGGUCCCACUUUCCCGGGCUUAAGUAGCUGUUCCACCGAUCUUAAAGACAUCCUGAGCGAGGCCGGAACCAUGCAACUCCUUCAGCAGCAGCAGCAGCAGCAGCAGCAGCAGCAGCAGGAGGUAGUAUCAGAAGGUAGCAGCAGCGGGAGAGCAAGGGAGGCCGCCGGUGCUUCCACCUCCUCCAAGGACAGUUACCUAGGUGGCAGUUCGACCAUCUCGGACAGCGCCAAGGAGUUGUGUAAGGCAGUGUCGGUGUCCAUGGGUUUGGGUGUGGAGGCAUUGGAACAUCUGAGCCCUGGGGAACAGCUUCGGGGGGAUUGUAUGUACGCCCCGCUCCUGGGAGGUCCACCUGCUGUACGUCCUUGCGCCCCGCUGGCCGAAUGCAAAGGUUCUCUGCUGGAUGACGGCCCGGGCAAGGGCACCGAAGAAACUGCUGAAUAUUCCCCUUUCAAGGCAGGUUAUACGAAAGGAUUGGAUGGGGACAGCCUGGGCUGUUCAAGCAGCAGUGAAGCAGGGGGCUCCGGAACACUUGAGAUGCCAUCCACCCUGUCUCUUUACAAGUCUGGAGCACUAGAUGAAGUGGCAGCUUAUCAAAGUCGAGACUACUACAACUUUCCGCUCUCCCUAGGCGGGCCGCCUCCCCAUCCACCACCUCCCCAUCCUCACACCCGCAUCAAGCUGGAAAACCCUCUGGACUAUGGCAGUGCCUGGGCGGCUGCAGCGGCACAAUGCCGCUACGGGGAUCUGGCGAGCCUGCACGGAGCGGGUGCAGCAGGACCCAGCUCGGGCUCACCCUCGGCCACCACCUCCUCAUCCUGGCACACUCUCUUCACAGCAGAAGAAGGCCAGCUGUAUGGGCCCUGCGGCGGGAGUGGAGGCGGCAGUGCAGGCGAGGGGGGAUCUGUAGCCCCCUAUGGCUACACUCGGCCACCUCAGGGGUUGGCGGGCCAGGAAGGUGACUUCCCUCCACCUGAUGUGUGGUAUCCGGGCGGUGUGGUGAGCAGAGUGCCCUUUCCAAGUCCUAGUUGUGUCAAAAGCGAGAUGGGCUCCUGGAUGGAGAGCUACUCCGGACCCUAUGGGGACAUGCGUUUGGAGACUGCCAGGGAUCAUGUUCUACCCAUUGACUAUUACUUUCCACCUCAGAAGACCUGUCUGAUCUGCGGUGAUGAAGCUUCUGGCUGUCACUAUGGAGCUCUCACUUGUGGAAGCUGCAAAGUCUUCUUUAAAAGAGCCGCUGAAGGGAAACAGAAGUACCUGUGUGCCAGCAGAAAUGAUUGUACCAUCGAUAAAUUCCGAAGGAAAAAUUGUCCAUCUUGUCGCCUCCGGAAAUGCUAUGAAGCAGGGAUGACUCUGGGAGCCCGGAAGCUAAAGAAACUGGGGAAUCUGAAACUGCAAGAGGAAGGAGAGGCUUCCAAUGUCACCAGCCCCACUGAGGAGCCAACCCAGAAGCUGACAGUGUCACACAUUGAAGGCUAUGAGUGUCAGCCCAUCUUUCUGAAUGUCCUUGAAGCCAUCGAGCCAGGCGUGGUGUGUGCUGGACAUGACAACAACCAGCCCGACUCCUUUGCAGCCUUGCUCUCUAGCCUUAAUGAAUUGGGUGAAAGGCAGCUUGUACAUGUGGUCAAGUGGGCCAAGGCCUUGCCGGGCUUCCGCAACCUGCAUGUGGAUGACCAGAUGGCAGUCAUUCAGUACUCCUGGAUGGGGCUCAUGGUGUUUGCCAUGGGCUGGCGAUCCUUCACCAAUGUCAACUCCAGGAUGCUCUACUUCGCCCCUGACCUGGUUUUCAAUGAGUACCGCAUGCACAAGUCCCGGAUGUACAGCCAGUGUGUCCGAAUGAGGCACCUCUCUCAAGAAUUUGGAUGGCUCCAAAUCACCCCGCAGGAAUUUUUGUGCAUGAAGGCGCUGCUGCUAUUCAGCAUUAUUCCAGUGGAUGGGCUGAAAAAUCAAAAAUUCUUUGAUGAACUUCGAAUGAACUACAUCAAGGAACUUGAUCGUAUCAUUGCUUGCAAGAGAAAAAAUCCCACAUCCUGCUCAAGGCGCUUCUACCAGCUCACCAAGCUCCUGGACUCUGUGCAACCUAUUGCUCGAGAGCUGCAUCAGUUCACUUUUGACCUGCUAAUCAAGUCCCACAUGGUGAGCGUGGACUUUCCAGAAAUGAUGGCAGAAAUCAUCUCCGUGCAAGUGCCCAAGAUUCUUUCUGGGAAAGUCAAGCCCAUCUAUUUCCACACACAGUGAAGCUUUAGAAGCCCCUGUCUUCUCACCACCACCACCACCACCCCCGCUCCUCUUUUCAGAUAUCUUCUGCCUGUUAUAACUCUGCACUACUACUCUGCAGUGCCUUGGGGAAUUUCCUCUUUUGAUGUACAGUCUGUCAUGAAGGUGUUCCUGAGUUCUAUUUGCUGUACUUUCCCCCUUCUUUUCUUCCUUUCCUUUUUUUCCUUUUUUUUUUUUUUUUACCUCCCUGUCUGAUCCUCCCAUGGCACUUUCAGACUCUGCUCCCUGCCAUGGCUCUUAUCUGUGUUUUGAAUGGUGUUGUAUUUCUUUAAUUCUGUGAUGAUCCUCAUGUGCCCCAGUGUCAAGUUGUGCUUGUUUAUAGCACUGCACUGUGUGCCAGCCACACAAACGUUUACUCACCUAAUGCCACGGGAAGUUUAGAGAGCUGAGUAUCUGGGAAAACAAAAAUGAAAACAAACAACCAUCCUGAAACCCCAAAUCCUGUAGGGUUUCUUUUACUCUUAAAAAAAAACCAAACACAAUUCCCCCAAAGAGGCCAACAGUAUGACUAGAAUAAGGUAAAAAUCGCAAGCCCAUAGGGAGUCACUAUUCUCGCGCCCCCCACCCCCAGCUCAGCCUCCCUGGGAGACUUUAUUUUCUGCCAAUGGCUAUUGCCGUUAGAGGGCAGGAUGACCCCAGAGAUGAGUUAGGAGGGGAGAGACAGAUUUAAGAGAGGACUUAAGAGGAGAGGUGGAUCACCAGUACCUGCCCACAGCCUUGGCCCCUGAUGGCUAGACUGCUUAACUGCAGUCCAGUUCAUCUUACUGAAAAUGUGCUUCUUGUUUGAAAAUGUGUCUGCAUGUGAACGCCUCCCCUCCAACCAAGCCUUUUUCUCUCUCACCCUCUGCCUUCACCCUCAAAUUGACUUUCAAUAAGCUUUUCUAAGAGCUUUGAAUUGAAUGUUCUCUUUUGCCACAACUUGGCCACUUCCACUGAAGAGUCAGACCAGUAAGAAAGAAAGGAGAGAUCUGACCCUUUGGAAAGCCUUAUCCAGAGCCAGGUCUGCUUUCCCAUUUGUGGGUCAGGGAAGAGGUUGGGGCUGGAGUCAGAGGAAAAAGAAUCGAUACAUUGAUUGUUUUCCUGCUUAGGACACUGAAGAUUUGAUCACUCUCUUCUCUUACCUUUAAAAGACCUGAAUGUUUUCCGCUUGACUCCAUAUGCACCUGUGAGAGCUCCUUCUUACCUGUCCUUCAGUGGUUUGUGGGCCUGGACCUCACCAGACUGUAUUACAGCCAUAUUGGUGAUACUUGUCCAUUUAUUUGGGCAUGUUCACAGACUCUGCUAAGAGCUGCUACCACCAAGAAAGCUAGCAAGCCAGCAGUCUUUAUCUAUCUCUAGAUGCCAUUAGGCUCAAAGACUUCUUACCAGAUAUCUUUCAUCAACUCUCAGAUCUCUGGAGCCCUUAGACAAACUGGAAAGAAGGCAUCGAUGGGAUUGGACAAGCUGGGCGUCUUGCCCUUGUACCCUAGAGAUGAUACCUUCCCACCAAGUGGAGAAAUACUUACUUCUUCCUUCAGAGCAGCUAAAGGGGCUAUGCAGGUCAGAGUUAAAGAGAAAUCUCAAUUACCAGGGUGAGAAGAAUGAAGGCGCUAGAACCAGAAACCCUGUAUAUGCUGUUGUUGCCACCUAGCAUGUCCACCUGCAGAAGUCCUGGGAAGAAGAGAGAAGAAAUAAGAGGAGACUGACUACUAAACUAAAGUCUUCAAAGGCAAAAUCUAAAGCCAGAUGGGCACCAUCUGGUCAGUUUAUGCAUCAUUCUCCUCCACUGCUGAUUCUGGGCUUUGACAUUGGCCAUACUCACUCAGACCCCCCCACCUUUGUUACUGCCUCUCAGCCAGAGGGAGACUGAAACAUUUAUACUACAGAACCAUGACCUCCUUUGGAAAGGUCUGGUUGGCAUGGCUCCAAUGGGCUGCCAUCCAUGAACUCAGGGUGUGCUCCUGGAACACUGGUUUCAUAUGGUCCUUUGGCACACCUCUGUUUUGCUGACUUUGCCCCCUGCCCCCAGUCCUGAGUUCAGGGGGAAUGUCCACCUACUUUCUCAUCUUGGCAACUGCUUCCUCACUUAGCUCUUAUGUUCAUCUGCUAAACACAAGAAAUUAGGGGCCAGUUGCCAAGCUGCCCAUUUCACUCUACUUAUUGAGAAGGUAGUUUCUGAGUGACAUGUUACUAUCUACAUGGGUUUCCUCCCCUGGUUUCUGUGUUGAUAUUAAUAGCCAAAUGAACUUGCAAAACAGCUUCUUUAAAUAACAAGAGACAGGGGAACCUAAGAUGGGUGAUCCACCAAUCCAAGACUGCUGGACAAAACUAAAGCUGACAGGUUCUCUUUCUGAGGUAGGAUAGACGAAUUCUGUUUUUUUUUUUUUUUUAGGACAUCAUCAUUUGGCUUAUGUAAGCUCAUGAGAUUACUUCUGGCUGUUUUAAACAAAACAAAACAAAGAAAAAACAACCCAUCACUGUUUUUAGUUACACUAGUAAUAGUUUAAUAGUUCCUUUACAUCUGUUUUAAAAUGAUUUUCAUCUUUUAUGGUACAUGGAUUUGAUUAUAUCAUUCUAAUAUCUCUCCUUGUAAAUACUGGAUGCUUUCCUUUUUAUUUCUGUUGACUACCAAAUUUUUCACCUUUAUGGAUUUCCCAAUUGUGACUCUUGUCUUUAUGAAUAUAUAUGUUUUGCAUUUGUGAAAGCCAAAAAUCAGUGAAACAACAGUGUAAUUAAAAGCAACAACAACUAAAUUACUCUGAAUUUCCAAAUGGCGAGACUAGGGAAAAAACAGCCUGAACCAGGGUUUAGGCCCAGUGUUUUUUUGCACUGGGGUUUCAGUGGGUGAAGGAGAUCUUAGCUUGGCUUUGUUCUCCCACAGAGAAAAGGGGAUUUUUUUCCUUUUGGCCAUUGAUGUUCUAGCCAGUGUAAUUGACAGAAGUCUCAUUUUGCAUGCACUCUGCUGUACAAACAGAGUUAAUGUGGUUGGUACACUAUACUCACCUGUGAAGGAUUGGCCACCUAGAUCCAUUCACCUGGUGAGUGGAAAGAUGAGGAUCCCUCCCAGACAAGUAAUGGUAACUAUCUCCAAAGAAGUCUGCAGUGCUCAAUGGGGAUAGAAUGAGGAAGAGAAAAAGAAGGAGCACCAGGGAGAACGCCCCAUCUGUGCUGCCAGAGAGUCACAAACUCUGUGGUCAAAGAAAACAGUCUUAUGGCAGUUUCAGCUCUUGUUCAUUUGGCAGCUCUUCUGGGCCUAGCCUCUGAGCUGAGAUGAGGGUUGGGUUCUUUGUUCCAUAGCUUAUCUGUGCCACAGACAAUACCAUUGUUCUUGGAGAGUUCGUUAUUUUUUUAAUGAGAAUGGAAUUUUUCAAAGUAUUCUGUCAUUUAUCUUUGAAAAAGAAAAUCAGUAAUACAUAUAUUUUUAUAUAUGUUCACUGGCAUGAAAAAAAGAGAAAAAAGCUUUGCUUUGUCCUUUGGAUAGUUGCUGAGGUGAUUUCAGGUUGAGAAAUAAUGUGCUGAUGCUAGAGUCCCUCCCUGUCCAUAUUCUACUUCUAAAUACAUAUAUGCAUAUAUAGCAAGAGGUAUUUCUAUUUGCACUUUAAGAGAAAGUAGUUUCAUCAUCCACAUGAUAGUGACACUAAACGAAUGACCUAAUUUUGAGCUUCGAGUAGCUUCUAAGAGUUUGUUUCAUUAGCCACAGUACAGACAAGGCCUUGCCCUCUUUGCUCUCUUGAUAUUCUGUGGGGCUCCAAAGCCCAAGCCACUCCCCUCGACCCCUUCCCAUCCCUGUGCCAGGAUUGCACUUCACAAGACUCUGCAGACAGCCCUGUGUGCCUCUGGGGAAACAAGAGGCUGACUACUAAUUAUCUUGUGCCAGUUCCCCAGGUGAGAGGGCACUGGACCAAAAGAGUGGCCUUUGUGCUCAACCCCCUGUAAAGGGUCAUGGGAACCAGGAAUGCUAAAGCACAGGAUCAGAUCCCAAACUGAAAAUCAAAAUAAGCCAUUUAGCAUGUGCAUUUUCUUGUAAAAGGAGGUUUAUACCCCUGCUGCCUUUUAUAGGCAGGUCUGUUUCUCCCCACUAAUCUCUUUGAAAAUCUUUGAAAGCAUUUAAAAAAAAAAGACAAAGAGAUGAAAACAUCACAUUAUGUAACCAAAGAUUACACUGUAUCUGCUAAGAUACCAAAAUUUAAGAGCAUGGAGGGAGCAAGCAUUAGUGCCUCUUUGGUAAACUAUCCAAAGACAGACUAAAGGACUUUGUUGUUCAUUGACUUAUAAGAGUUUGUGGGUUUUCCCCAAAACGAUAUACAUGUUUAGCAAAGUGAAAGAUAAUUUUGAAAAAAACUGAGUUUAUAGGUCCUUCACUAAGUGAUUUUAUGAGCAUAACUAGCUUUCUUUUUCUCUAGUAGUUGCUGAGCAAAUUCUUAAAGCUCCAUUAUUGCAUGGUUGGAAAUGGAGCUGUCUUGGCCACUGUGUUUGCUAGUGCCCAUGUUAGCAUAUCUGAAGAUGUGAAGCCCUUGAUGAGAAGGGGAGCAUUUAAAGUACUAGAUUUUGCACUAAAGGGACAGCAGGCAGAAAUUCUCAUUUCUGCCCACUUUGGAUGACACAAAAAGCUCUCUUGGGUUUAAGGCAGAAGGUUGAAAUAUAUUGUAAAUUACUAUUUGUAUCCAUGUUUCAAAAUUGAAUUAUAUAUGUAUAGAUAUAAUGUGUUCUGACAGCUUUAUCUUUCUCUGCACCUUUAUAUUUGGUUCCAGGUCAUAACUGAUACCAUGUACUUAUGAGAGAGGCUACAAUGACACUUUGGAAGCCCUCUCAGAAUGGACAAGAUACCUGGGUUGAUCAGAUAGCUAAGAGAUCUCUGCCUCUGUUGGGGCCUUACCCAUAGGGGAGGACAGGAUAGGGUACAUGAUGUACUGCACUUUACUAGCCCAAGACAGAUGAAUGUGUAAAGGGUGGUGAAGAUUCAUUGGAAUCAACUGGGAUUUCCCAUAGGGAAGGCCCAGGCUUGGGGCCAAAGGCCCACCCGAAUGACUAACCAGUAGACCCCUAAUGGGACAUGAGCAUUGGAAGAAGGAAGAACAUUCUUUGUUCUUCAACAUCCUUGUGAGAAAAGGGCAGUUUCCUACACUUGGGAACCUGGAGCAAGAGCUCCGAACUUUACACAAUUCACUCACCUACGAUUGAGGUGCUCUUGCUACUGGGUGUCUGUGUGCUCUAAUUUUGGUUUUGGAUAUGUUCUGUAAAGAUUUUGACAAUGAAAAUAUGUUUUUAUCUGUUACAAAACUGUCAGUGUACUUACUAGAAGUUGUAUCUCUGUAGAUGCAGGUCCAUCUCUGCCCCUGGGUAGGGAUGUUUGGCUUCAAUUAAGAAACUGACACUGGGGUCUGCUGCCCAGAGCCUCCCAACCAUAAACCAUUUCUAGGUGAAGGCAGAAAACUCUACAUUAGUCACUCCUGCUUUUCAGAUGCUUAAGCUGAGGUACCAAGCCACUUGGAAUGUUCCUUCCCCCAGAAAUUAGUGAUAAGUUUUCCCCAUUUAGCAGGUAGACAUCAUUUUAAAUGGAAAAGCAGCCUUGGCACAGUUUUGAUUUAUCCCCAUUUGACGUAGCCAGAAAGUAGGUAAUAUGCAUUGAUGGGUUACCAACCCCAAUUCAGUAUAGUGGGGGUGCUGAACCCUUUCUUUACCUCACUUGUAUGGAAUUAAAUGCAAAGCUAUGGACUGAGUAGUCCUGCUAGCCUAGAACAGCCCCCACAUGUACUAAUUUAUGAGGCUGUCUAUCUCAUGGCUGCAGAUUCCAUGGGCCCCCAAAAACUGAAACACACACAUACCCCAAAGGAAAGAAGUUCCUAAAAUGUUGCUGCCCGGGUGGUGCCCUCCCUGGCUGCUGCUUUACAUUUUGGGACUCUGUUCCCCUGCACUGCAGGCAGGCCAGGCCUGCAGUCUUUCCCAACCUUAGCCCUUGGUGCUAACUGUCCUGCAGUGAAGUGCCUGUGGGAUUGUCCUGUCCCAUAAGCUCCUCAGGUGCUGAAAGUAGCCACCACUGGGAUAACCCAAGCUAACAAAAGAGUCCCCUCACCAUUCAGUGACACCUUUCUGCUUUCCCUUAGACUGGAACAUUGAUUAGGGAGUGCCUCAGAUGUGACAUUCUUGUGCUGUCCUUGAGAUUAAUUUGGCAGCAAGAGGGAGCAGACAAUGUAACCAGAUGUAAGAAUUAAUUUUCAAUGUUGAGGGAAAAAAUAAAGAAAAAAAGCAUCAUAUAAAGAUGUUUUUAAAAAGAAACAUUAAUUUUGCUUGAAAGUUCUGAUGGGGCUUAAAAAGUUCUUUUGACUGGUUCUUAGAGCGGCAUUUGGCCUCCACUGGGUAGCAGGACCAGCCCCAAGCUCUAGUGCUCUGUUCUUUUUUUGUGAUCUUGGAAUCUUUUGUUGCUCUAAAUACAAUUAAAAAUGGCAGAAACUUGUUUGUUGGAA